ACCUAACGGUGUCCUAUAAAACCCCUCGAGUCACCCCGGCGAGCCGGAACCGAAGGGUUUGGGCGCGCUCGGUAGGGAGACGGCGGCACGAAGUCAGAGGAAAUAGCGAAAGCUAGGGUUUUCUUUCUUCGAUCCGGUGAGGUCGAGUUCUCUUCUUCGUUGGAGCGAUGUUGCGGAGGAACACGAGGCUGAGGAGGGAGUACCUCUACCGCAAGAGCUUGGAAGGCAAGGAGCGGGAGUACUACGAGAAGAAGAGAAAGAUCCGAGAAGCCCUCGAAGAGGGAAAACCGAUCCCAACUGAGCUCAGGAACGAAGAGGCCGCCCUCCGUCAAGAGAUUGAUCUCGAGGACGAAUAUACUGCAGUACCAAGAACUCACAUCGAUGAUGAGUAUGCUAGUGCAUCAGCGAAGGAUCCAAAAAUUUUAUUAACCACAUCUCGUAAUCCAAGUGCUCCUCUUACUCAGUUUGUCAAGGAACUAAAGUUUGUUUUUCCUAAUUCAACAAGAAUGAAUCGUGGUGGUCAGGUGAUCUCAGAAAUUAUUGAAUCUUGUCGUGCACAUGAAUUUACUGAUGUCAUUUUGGUGCAUGAACAUCGGGGUGAACCAGAUGGUUUGAUUGUUUGUCAUUUGCCAUUUGGUCCAACAGCUUAUUUUGGAUUGCUUAAUGUGGUAACAAGACACGAUAUUAAAGAUAAGAAGGCUAUUGGAACAAUGUCUGAGGCUUAUCCCCAUCUAAUUCUUGACAAUUUUUCAACUAAGCUUGGUCAAAGGACAGCAAACGUUCUAAAACAUCUCUUUCCAGUACCUAAACCAGAUUCCAAACGCAUAAUCACCUUUGCUAAUCGGAGUGAUUACAUCUCAUUCAGGCAUCAUGUCUAUGAAAAACAUGGCGGUCCUAAAUCAAUUGAAUUGAAGGAGGUCGGUCCUCGAUUUGAGUUGCGACUUUAUCAGAUCAAGCUAGGGACUGUUGAUCAGAGUGAAGCCCAGAAUGAGUGGGUAAUAAGACCAUUCAUGAACACUGCCAAGAAGCGGAAUGUUAUAGGAGAUUGAUUACUGAUCAUGCGAAUUUUUUUUCUCUGUUUAAAUUUGUUAUACUUUUUUUAAGGAAAAAUGAGGAUUUGUAAUAGUCCCGAUGCUCAUCUUGAGAAAAUUUUACUAGCUAAAUUUUGCCUACUGUUACCUCACCAUUAUAUUGAAUAUGACAGAAGAAGAGGUUUAAAUAUUUUGUUCCAA